AUGGGUGAAACUUAUGGAAAGAUUUUGUUACCAGAAUCUUAUUCUUCAGACAUAGGGGUGAUGUGGGAGCUAAUGCUAGUGCCGCUGCUAACAAUCUGUGUAUACAUUUGCUUGUCCAUGUCUGCGAUGGUUUUCAUCGAGCGGGUUUACAUGGGCGCUGUCAUCCUUGUGGUCAAGCUUUUUGGUAUGAAGCCUCAAAACAGAUACAAAUGGGAGGCCAUCAAAGAUGAUUCCGAAGACACCAACGCCACUUUCCCCAUGGUUCUUGUUCAGAUUCCCAUGUGCAAUGAAAAAGAGGUUUACAAGAUUUCAAUUGGUGCAGCGUCUAAUCUCUCAUGGCCUUCUCACAGGCUACUCAUUCAAGUUCUCGACGACUCCACUGAUUUAGUAAUCAAGGACAUGAUUGAGAAGGAAUGUCUACGGUGGGGAAGCAAAGGGGUUAACAUCAGAUACCAAAUUAGAGAGAGGCAAGGUGGGUACAAGGCUGGAUUGCUAAAGCAAGGAUUGGAACACGACUACGUCAAGGAAUGCGAAUACGUGGCCAUCUUCGACUCUGAUUUCCGACCUGAGCCAGAUUUUCUCCGACGAUCUGUCCCUUUUCUGAUUCACAAUCCCGAGCUUGCACUUGUACAAGCCCGUUGGAGAUUCGUUAAUGCAGAUGAGUGCUUGCUGACAAGAAUGCAAGAAAUGUCAUUUGAUUAUCAUUUCGUGGUGGAGCAAGAAGCAGGCUCAGCUACUCAUGCAUUUUUUGGCUUCAACGGAACCGGUGGAAUAUGGAGGAUUGCAGCAAUCAACGACGCGGGAGGAUGGAACGAGAGAACGACGGUGGAGGACAUGGAUCAUGCUGUUCGUGCGAGUCUCAAAGGCUGGAAAUUUCUCUACCUUGGUGAUCUACAGGUAUAUAGCGAGCUUCCGAGUACUUUUAAAGCCUUCAGGUUGCAGCAGCAUCGGUGGUCGAGUGGGCCGGCUAAUCUCUUUAGGAAAACGGUUAUGGGAAUUGCAACAAACAAGAAAAUAAGCUUGUACAAGAAGUUGCAUGUGAUGUACAGCUUCUUCUUCGUGCGAAAGGUGAUAGUCCACUUCUUCACAUUCUUCUUCUACUGUGUGAUUCUGCCUCUCUCUGUUUUGGUGCCUCAAGUAUACGUCCCCAAAUGGGGAGCCAUUUACCUUCCUUCCAUCAUUACCAUUCUCCACUCCGUUGGAACUCCGAGGUCGUUCCAUCUCCUGUUCUAUUGGGUGCUGUUCGAGAACGUGAUGUCGUUCCACCGCACCAAGGCGGUGGUGAUCGGGCUGGUGGAGGCGAAGACAGCGAACGAGUGGGUGGUGACGGAGAAGCUCGGCGAUAAGCUGAACAACAAAGGGAGCAAGAGCCAGAGCAAGAGAUCUCUUCUAAGUCUGGGGAAGCUGGUGGUGGGAGACAGAAUACAAAUGCAGGAGCUUGGAAUUGCCAUGUUUCUAUUCGUGUGUGGAUGCUACGAUUUCCUCUAUGGGAAAGACAACUAUUUCGUUUACCUAUUUCUUCAAGUCAUCACUUUUACAAUCGUCGGAUUUGGCUACAUUGGCACCUUCCUUCCCACUCCACUCCCUAGCUAA